ACCGGCCCCGCCGACGCGGGCGGCGGGCACGCGGCCGACGCCUCCGCGGGCACAGGCCUCGACGCUAGGCUCGGCAAGCUGGUCGCCGGCCUCUGCAUCGCGGAGGCCACGGCCGUGCUCAGCCGGUACGUGAGCACGGCCGAGCGGCAGGACGCCCUCGCCAAGCUCGGCGCGCUGGACCCGCUGGCGAGCCUGGUGGCGGGCGGCGGGAGCGACCUGCUCGUGCUCAGGUGCGCCCUCGAGGCCCUCGUCCGCUUCACCGCGCCCGGCGGGGCCGCGUCGCCGCCCGCGCCGCUGGCGGAGCUGGCGCCGCGGGCGGCGCUGCUGCCGCGCUGCCUGGCGCUGGCGACGUGCGGCGAGGAGGUCUACGAGGCACUCGCUGGCCAGCUCCUCGCGCAGCUGCUCGAGGCGCCGCUGGCGCGGGCGCAGCUGAGGCGCCUGGGCGCCGUGCCCGCGCUGCUGGCGCCCAUCCAGGACGCCGCGGCGGCGGCGCUGCCAUGCGAGGCACGGCGGGCGACCUGCGCCCUACGCUGCUGCAGGCAGCUGGCGCGCGACCACGUCGAACUGGCGGACCCCAUGGCGGUGCAGGAGCCUUCUCGAUCACGGCGUGCUGGGCGCGGUGCUCGGCCUGCUGCGCGCGGCCGCUCGCGGCGGCCCCGGCGGCGCACAGGCCGACGUGCUGGUCGCCGCCCUGGAGGCCCUGGCGCAGAUGUGCAUGGACAGACGACGAGUGCGCGCUGGCCAUCCGCCAGUACCACUCCGCCGGCUUCCUGGCUGCGGCUGGUCUGCUGUUGGAGGAGCCCUGGAGGACCCCCGAGCGCGGCCGAUGCCCCCCCGGGCGGCGAGCCGAGCGGGCGGAGCAGGCCGGCGCGGCGCGUGCAGCUGGCCGCCGCGCGGCUGCUGCGCUUCGUGUUCGGGGUGGAGCGCAACCGCAGGGCGUUCAAGCGCGCUUUCUCGGCAGGCGUCCUCACGUCGUUCAUCGACGUCGGGAGCUACGUCUGGCCGCUGCAGGCGUACGCUCCGUUCGUCGGAGCGGUGAGCGCCCUGACGGAGCAGGAGGCGGAGCAGGUGAUGAGCGGCCUGCGUAGGCGCCCGCGGUGGAGCGCGCGAGGGCGGACAGGGCGCGCCCGGCGCGGCGGCGCGGGCCAGCGCAGUUCCGACAAUGACGCGGCGCCGCCUGGCGGCGGCCGCGUGGUGAACGGCUACGAGCUACUGGAGUGUGUCGGCGCGGGCGCGUUUGGCAGGGUGCACCUGGCCAGGCGGCACGACGGCGCGCCGGGCGAGUUCGCCCUGAAGGAUCGGUCACCCUGA